AUGGUUGCAAAAAUAAUGGAGUACAGCAAGGAAUGGGAAGGAAGAAAAAAGGAUAAUUAUGAAUCGGAUUUGAUCAAGCAAGUUUACCAAGACUUCCUCAUUCAGUUUAUAUUUCACGUGAACAUGGAGGAGGAAAAAGGUUUUUCAACCUACGAGGAGACGGAUAACUUUCUCAAAAACUGUCACGAUAAAGGUAUCACCUUAAAACGCUCCAUCUCAAAGAGCGAGCAAGAGACUCUAAACUUGAAGAAAGCAUACGAACACUUGCUAGAUAAAAUUAGAAGAGAAGAACAACCCAGCGAUUAUGGACUCAUGGAAACGAGUCUGCUACAAGAGACCCAUCGCAUUCUACUUCAAGACGUCCCUCUCGGAGAUGGCCGCACGAAACCCGGUAUAUUUAGUAACCAAAGACGGUAUGCAGAUUUCGAAGGAGAGAGGCACAAUUAUCCACAUCUUCCAGAACCUGAGCAAAUGGAAAAUGCUGUUAUCGAUAUACUUGAAAAGUGCAAUACUCGGUUCGAUUGCUGUACUAGAGACGGUCUGAAAGACGUUGAUGACUUUUACUAUCUCUUCAAAACUUGUGCGUGGCUGUUAUUUGAACUUCUUGAUCUUCACCCCUUUGGGGAAGGAAAUGGAAGACUUUGCCGGAUUUUAUGUAGUUAUUUGCUUUCUUAUUUUUCACCUUUCCCAACUCCAGUGUACAACGUGUGGACUGAUUCCUCCAAAGACGAUUAUUUAGAGGCACUUAUGCAUACAAGAAAAACAGUUGAGAGACAUCCAACUGCCUUAACCACCAUGAUAAUCGAGUGUAGUUACUAUGGAUGGAGAAAAUUUUUUCAAAGACUUGAAGAAAAAGAAAAGAUUAAGAGAAAACCGGUAAACUGA